AUGAAGCAAUCCUUUUAAAUCAAAUCCGAAAUGUAUUUAUUUAUUCUUAUAUACUUUUUAGAUAGCUCUGCUUUAAAAUUGUAUUCUUAGGAUCUAGCUCAGUAGGCAAAACCUCCAUUAUAUAAAGAUUUCUCAAAAAUGAAUUUGCCAUGAAAUCUAUGAGUACUGUAGGAGUUGCAUGCGUAUUUAAUAUUGCUUACAUAAGGAAUCUAAAGUAAUUACUUUAAACAAACAAUAAGUAAAGGUGUAAUUGUGGGAUACUGCUGGGCAAGAGAGAUUUAGAUCUCUUACUAAAAAUUACUAUCGAGGUUGUGAUGCAGUUGUAAUUGUUUAUGAUACUUCCAAUAUGAAAAGUUUUGAACAAGUCAAUAUUUGGAUUGCUGAUUUCGAAGAGUAUAUUCUAUUUGUCAAUACUAAUAUUAGAAAGUGUGAAAGACCAGCUAUCAAGAUGUUAUUAGGAAAUAAAAUAGAUCUAAAUAGAGAAGUAGGAAAAGAGCUUGGUCUUCUUAGUGCUAGAAAAUAGAAACUAUUAUUCCAAGAAGUAUCUGCAAAAGAAAAUAACAACAUUGAAGAUGCCAUGAUCAAGCUAAUAGAAAAUUUAAUUCAGACAAGACAAAUUGAUUCUGAUAAUAAAAUAUUCCGAAGAGGAUCAUUAGUAGAAUGCAAAUUAACAAAUGUAGAUACAAAUAAAAAUUAAGAAAAGGAUAUCUCAAUUUCUGAUACCUCUAAAUUAUAAGCUAUUAAAUCUGGAGGUGAAAGUUCAUAAGAAGAAUCUCCUUAUGCUUCUGCUCCUUUCCUUUAAUAGACUUCUCCUCCAACAAUAAUAGUCACUCCACCUGAAGAUGCUAUAGUAGGAGGUGAAGGUGAUAAUAAUAUGUGGUUAUUAGCUUCUAAAUAAAAAUAAAUAAUGAAAAAGAAAUUAAAUUAUAUUAGUACAUUAGCUACACCUUUAAAAUUAAUUCAUCCUAGAGAAUCUGAUGCAAUUAGGGAUGAGUAUUUAUUAAAACAUAAUGCAAAUCAGGGAUGUUUCUGUUCAUGUUGA